GUCUUCUUCAAGCUCGUUAAUUAAGUUCCAAAGAAAGCUAUAAUGACGGCUUCACUGAAACAGGUUCUGGGUUCAUUUUCCUUCGUUAUUUUCUGGCUAUUGGCAGUUUUUCCUGCUAUCCCUUUCCUGCCUAUAGGAAGGACUGCAGGGUCUCUUCUAGGGGCAGUACUUAUGGUCAUUUUCCAAGUUAUAUCUCCUUCCCAAGCUUAUUCUUCAGUUGAUCUUUCAAUUCUUGGACUUCUCUUUGGAACAAUGAUGGUCAGUGUCUAUCUUGAAAGGGCAGAUGCAUUCAAGUACUUGGGGAAGUUGCUCACAUGGAAGAGCCAAGGACCAAAGGACUUAAUUUUUCGAGUCUGCUUAGUAUCUGCCAUAGCAAGUGCUUUCUUUACUAAUGACACUUGUUGCAUGGUCUUGACUGAGUUUUCAAUCAAAAUUGCAGCUCAGCACAAUCUCCCUCCUCUUCCUUUCCUACUCGCUCUUGCCUCCAGUGCAAAUAUUGGAUCUUCAGCAACUCCAAUUGGCAACCCUCAGAAUCUGGUUAUUGCUUUAACUGGUGAUAUUUCUUUUUACACUUUCCUAGUUCGAAUUUUACCUGCAGCACUUGUAGGUGUUUUUGUGAAUGCCAUACUUCUUCUAUGCAUGUACUGGAGAGACUUAUCAUCUCAUAAUGAUGAAGAAAACCCAUAUGAAGAAAUUAUGGCAGAGGAUGAGAUGAAUUUUCACAGAUUUUCACCAGCCACAAUGUCACAUUUCGCACAUUCAAAUUUUCAGGAAAGCAGCUCUAGAUUUUUUGGACGCCGAUUUAGUGCAAGUGAUAGUGAUUUACUCAGGCUUCCCAGUUUUCUGCUGUACUGUCAAGAAAUCUCAGUUGCAUCCACAAAUUGGAAAAGCACAUUGUGGAAAUCCUGUGUUUACCUAGUAACUAUAGGAAUGUUGAUUGCUUUGAUAAUGGGUCUGAAUAUGUCAUGGACAUCAAUCACUGCUGCACUUGUUCUUGUUGUAAUUGAUUUCAGGGAUGCUCAGCCAAGCCUAGAGAAGGUGUCCUAUCCGCUUUUAGUCUUCUUUUGUGGGAUGUUUAUGACAACUGAAGGUUUCAAUAAAACUGGAAUCCCAAGCUCUCUGUGGGAGCUCAUGGAGCCAUACGCACAAAUCGACCAUGCUAGUGGGAUAGCAGUUGUUGCUUUCGUCAUCCUGAUCUUAUCAAAUGUGAUUUCAAAUGUACCAACAGUGCUGCUGCUUGGGGCGCGCAUGGCAGCUUCAGCCGCUUUUGUUUCUCCACAUUACGUGAUCAAGGCAUGGCUGAUUUUGGCUUGGGUGAGCACUGUAGCUGGCAACCUUUCACUACUGGGUUCAGCAGCCAACAUGAUAGUCAGUGAGCAGGCUCGUAGUGUCCCUCGCCAUGGCUACUGCUUGUCUUUCUGGAGCCAUCUUAAAUUUGGAAUCCCCUCCACCCUUAUGGUCACUGCUAUUGGCUUGAUACUGUUAUGCAUGUUUUAUGAUUUUAUUCAAGUUUAAAUAUGCUAGAAAAUAUAAGAUUUUUUUAGAGAGUUACCAUAAUAAAGUAAAUUCAUGUAUUAAGGUAAUAAAAAGGUUAACUACAUGAAUUAGAAUAAUUAGAUAAUAAUUCAUGUAUUUAGAAAUAUAUGUAAAAUAUCUAUUAUUAAAAGAUGUAAACGCAUGUACAAUAUAGAC